CCCCAACCGGCUCCUUCAAACCCCAAAAACCCUUAAAAUUAGGGGCUGCUCCCAUUAUCACGCAGAAUGCCGCAAAUUUCCUCCAGCCUUAGGCUGCUCCUCCCCUCCACGUCCCCGCUCUCCAAGAAUCCCUUCUCUCGCUUCUCCCUCGCCCCCUUUCUCUUCUCCAAGCCCAGAACUCCCCUCAAACGUCACUUCCCUCUCACCUCCGUGCUCUCCUAUUCCGGUAGGAGGGGAAGAAGGGCUGGCGGCGGCGGCGGCGGCGUCCAUAGGAGAGGCAGGAGUACUAUCAGGGAAGAACGGGGCCGCCGCGGCGUGUUACCCCAGAGGAGAGGCAACAGUACGUUGAGGGAAGAAAGGGGUAGGGAGAGAGCGCCGGAGAUGGAAGAGAAGGAAGGACUGGGAUUCAACAAGAGGAGGGCGGAGGGGAGGGACAAAAGCGGCAAGCCCAAGACCCUCCAGCUCAAGAUGCGGAAGCUGAAUCCUGUCAACACCAUUUGUUACGUUCAGAUAUUGGGGACAGGAAUGGACACACAGGACACCUCACCAUCAGUUUUGCUGUUCUUUGAUAAACAGAGAUUUAUUUUUAAUGCUGGUGAGGGGUUGCAGCGUUUCUGCACUGAGCACAAGAUCAAGUUAUCAAAGAUUGAUCACAUGUUUCUGACUCGAGUGUGCUCAGAAACUGCAGGUGGACUUCCAGGUCUUCUGCUUACUUUAGCAGGUGUUGGAGAGGAAGGAAUGUCGAUCAAUGUAUGGGGUCCUUCUGAUCUUAACUAUUUAGUUGAUGCAAUGCGAUCUUUCAUCCCAAAUGCUGCCAUGGUUCACACACACAGCUUUGGAGUGACACCAGAUGGUGGAGCUAACUUUUCUGGUCCAGAAGUUGGGAAAUCCACAGAUCCUAUUGUUCUUAUUGACGAUGAAGUGGUUCGGAUAUCUGCUAUUCCGUUGAGGCCAAGAUCUUCAGAAAAUACUGUGAGCUUGGACGCUGAAACAAGAUCAGCACUAAAGCCUGGUGAGAUUGCUGUGAUCUAUGCAUGCGAACUGCCAGAAAUAAAGGGAAAAUUUGACCCAGCUAAAGCUGCAUCUCUUGGGUUGAGACCUGGACCAAAAUAUCGUGAACUGCAACUUGGGAACUCAGUCAUGUCAGAUCGCCUCAACAUUAUGGUUCAUCCAAGUGAUGUACUUGGGCCUUCAUCCCCUGGUCCCAUUGUACUUCUGGUGGACUGCCCUACACCGCUUCAUAUCUUUGAACUGCUGUCCAUACAGUCUCUUAAUCCUUAUUACAUGGAUUCUGCUGAUCGACCAAGAGAGAUUUUGAAAACUGUAAAUUGUAUAAUUCACCUGGGUCCAGCUUCCGUGACAAGGAGUGUAGAUUAUCAGAGGUGGAUGAAAAAAUUUGGUGGUGCACAACAUAUCAUGGCAGGACAUGAAAUAAGAAAUAUGGAAAUGCCAAUCCUAAAAUCAAGUGCAAGAAUUUCAUCACGGCUUAGCUACUUGUGCCCUCAGUUCUUCCCUGCUUACAGAUUUUGGUCUCUUCAUCAGAUCAAUGACUUCUCUUUUGAGUCGAAUGAAUCAUGUGAGGAUUCUUCGACUCUGUGUGAAAGCAUUUCAGCUGAAAAUCUUCUUAAGUUUCAUUUGCGUCCUUACUCACAGCUGGGUUUGGACAGAUCUGUUAUUCCAUGCUCGCUAAAUUACGAAGAGAUUGUGGAUGAGCUUCUUUCAGAAAUCCCUGAAAUUGCAGAUGUUUCAAAAUGUAUUAGUCGGUUUUGGCAGAAGAGUCCUUUAGAAGAUAAGCUUAUGAUGCCUCGGAAGGAUGAAAACAUAAUUAUGAUGGAAGAACCUUGGAUGAAUGAAAAUUCCUUGAUUCCAAAUCAAGGGGCAGAUGCAUCUAAAAAGGACCUUCCUUGUUUAAGUGAUGGUUGGACAGAGAAGCUUAAGCACAAUCCUGAUAUUCCAGCUUGUUUGGAAAAUGUGACAAGGGAGGACAUGGAAAUCAUUCUUUUGGGUACAGGUUCAUCACAGCCAUCGAAGUAUCGCAAUGUCAGCUCAAUUUUUGUUAAUCUUUUCUCAAGAGGAAGUUUGCUUCUCGAUUGUGGUGAAGGAACUUUGGCUCAGCUGAAAAGAAGAUUUGGUGUUAAAGGUGCUGAUGAUGCAGUCAAAAGUUUAAAAUGUAUUUGGAUUUCUCAUAUUCAUGCUGAUCAUCACACUGGUCUAGCCAGAAUACUUGCCUUGCGGUAUCAGUUGUUAAAGGGUGUACGCCAUGAACCCUUACUUGUGAUUGGGCCAAGACCACUGAAGAGAUUUCUGGAUGCAUAUUCUAGACUCGAAGAUCUUGAUAUGCAGUUCCUGGAUUGCAGGCACACUACAGAAGCUUCAAUGGAUGCUUUUCUUAACUCUAGUGAUUCAGCAGAAGAUUGCUCUUCCGAACAUUCAGACAACAGGGUUAAUGGGAGUGUGGGGGUUGAGACUGUUGCACCUGGUCAGUUGGAAACAAAUUUAUUUGCUCAGAGCAGUCGAAUGCAAAGCUAUUGGAAAAGACCUGGGAGUCCAGUUGAUGCUGCCAUGGCUCUGCCAGUUCUGAUGAGAUUGAAGGAAGUGCUCUCCGCAGCAGGUUUGGAAGCUUUAUAUAGUGUUCCUGUUGUACACUGCCCCCAGGCAUUUGGUGUUAUUUUAAAGGCUACUAAGAGGGUAAACAGUGUUGGAAAAGUUAUUCCUGGCUGGAAGCUUGUAUAUUCUGGUGAUACAAGGCCCUGCCAAGCUCUAAUAGAUGCCUCCCGUGAUGCAACGGUGCUUGUACAUGAGGCAACAUUUGAGGACAGUAUGGGAGAUGAAGCAAUAGCAAGGAACCAUAGCACAACAAGGGAGGCUGUUGGAGUGGGUACAUCAGCAGAUGCCUACCGCAUCAUCCUCACUCAUUUUAGCCAGAGAUAUCCAAAAAUCCCAGUUUUUGAUGAGACCCACAUGCACAAAACAUGUAUUGCUUUUGACCUAAUGAGCGUUAAUUUAGCAGAUUUGCCUGUGCUUCCAAAGGUUCUUCCGUACCUCAAAGUCCUCUUUAGAAAUGAAACUAUAGUUGAUGAAUCUGAUGAUGCAUUACGGCUUAUCAAAUAUGCGGUGGGAAAGUCAGGCAAUGAGUUUCGGAGGGAAAUGCAACGACAUUCAGCAGCUAUCCGACAGCUUUUUCAUUAUAAGGGCCAGUCGGAUUCUCUGAAGGGAGAUGCUCCAAAUAAGGCUGUCCGUGACACUGCUCAUGAGGCAAGCCAAGCUAUCUUUGCUACUGAUGACAACAAGGCAGCAGCACCAGUCGAAGGUCUUAACAAGCGCAUCCAAGGCUUUGGUAAUACAAAUUUUGAGAUGCCAACAGAAGAUAAGAAGUCUUUUCUCAGUGAAGUGGUGGAACUUGGUAGUGCAUCCAUCAAGCAGGGAUUAAACACCAUUGUUGCUGCCCAUGGGAUACGGAAAUUUGACGAUGGGAGUUACAAGAGCCCAAAUUUGCGGUGGUCUCUAACGACAGAAAGAGAUAGCCUUGAUAAAUAUGAAGGUGAUGAGCACCACAGGGCAAGCUGGACAUCAUCUGGAGUCUCAAAAAAUGUGGCUUCUGGAACAUGGAGCUCAGAUUCAAGAAUGACCAUAACAGGGACAGCAACACAUGAGGAUACUAGCUCAAGUCACUCAGGGGUUAAAAGUCGUGAGGAAAGGCUUUUGGAGACUAUUGUCACUUCUGGAGGUGUUCGUCUGCACCCAACUCGUGAUGCUCUUCAGGCUUUUCUUACUGAGGCAUUGAAACUGGAUGCAGUAUCUAUGAGUCAUGCACUUGAGAUGAAGCUCCAAUCUCAUUUGUGGCAGGUCCGGAUGAAGGCUAUCUGUGUACUGGAAGCAAUUUUGAGGAAAACGGAUGAUGAGCAUUGUUCUAUUAUAGCAUCAUAUUUUAGUGAAAACAGAGAUUCUGUAGUCAGAUGUUCUGAGUUACCUCAAGUUUCUCUGAGGGAAAAGGUGAUCAAGGUCUUAAGUCUUCUAGAUGGGGAGCAGACUAAUGGAGCAAGGAAUGCAGGGGAGCCAUCAGAUGCAAAAGUUGCGCCUGCACCUAUAGUUCAGAUGUCUGACCUAAUUGAUACAGGUGAUCCAGAUGAUUAUGGAAAUGAAGCUUCCACUCAGAAGCAGGGGGAUCAAAGCACUGGGAAUCUAACAUUGCCCACUCCUCUGGUUGAUGAUCUUUUUGAAGGUGACCUUAUUUCUGGACUCAGUACCACUGGGGGUGAAAAUGUGGAUGAUCCAUUUGCAGAUGUAUCAUUUCAUGUCACUGAAGACAAGGAGCAUGAUGAUCUUUUCUCUGGACUGACAGUUGAUGAUAAGAAAUCCAAUAUUGAACUCAAUUUACUUGCUGAUAAUGAGUCUGAAUUGCUCGAUGUUCUUGGUGUCAACUCUGGGCAGCUUCUGCAGGAUACUGGAGCAGAUAGAAGGAAUGUGAAUGAUCUGAUGGCUGGUUUGACUCUCAAUGGAAUGGCCCAAGAUAACAAACAACCUGGACCCGCUGGAGCAUCUGGAGGUGCCUUUCCAGGAGUGACUUUCUUAGAUGGUAGUAGUCAAGCAGGCCAGCUGCCUACAAAAGGAGCAUUUACUGGUAUUCUUGGUUCAGACACCUUGUAUGCUCAGGCGCCCAUGCAGUAUGGCAUGCCUCCAAACAUCAUGUUUAAUCCAGCUUUUGCUGCCCAGCCAAUGAAUUAUGGCGCGAUGGGAUCUUUCAUUGCUCAACAACAAUUACUAUUUCAAAACCUUAGCAAUCUUGAUUCCGGAUUUGGGCAUGUGGCUAGAAAUGCCAAUGGAGGAUAUUCUUCAGCCCUCCCUGAUAUCUUCCAGCUUUCAAAUAAUUCAGUUCAAAGCCAUGGUCCGAUCAUGAACAGCUCGAAGAAAGAGGAGACUAAAGCUUUCGAUUUUAUAUCGGAUCAUAUUGCAGCAGCCCGUGAUUCAAAGAGAGUUCUUUGAAGCUUUUAACAGCACAUGUUUUAAGUUGAGAGAGAGUCAAAAGGAUCAAAACUGGUUCGGUGCUUAAUAGAAGUGCCUCGAGUCAUUCUUUAUCAAUAAUGACAUUUGUGCCUCAAGCUGCAGGAGUUAUACUUCUCCUUACCAGUUUUCAUAAUGUGUUGUCAGGUAUAUAGUUGAAAAUGCUCGGGUGUUGCAGAUAGGAUGGUUCCAGGUUGCUGUAUUUAACUGUGAAACUUAGGCCAUAUGUGCAAUUUGCUGUCUCCUUCAAUAAAUACUGUUUGGGGCUUGUUUGUCACUUAUGUCAAUCGUAUCUUGUCUUAUAUAAUUAGCAUGUGGGUUCAAUGAAACUGAGAAGUUUUCUUCUCUAUUUAUUGUUUAUAUGUCUUAUUUUU